AGCUCGGGGACUGCUGAGAACCCAAGGGUCCCUCCGGCGCCAGCCGCCGCCGCCAACAUGACUUGACUGCCCUCCCAGCCCAUCCCCAUCCCUAGCCCGCGUGGCCCGCGCUCUCCGGGCGCCCCCACCCUUUCCGGGUGCGCGCGCACGAGCCGGCCGGCGGGGGAGCAGCGCGCCUGGAGCCUGCGGGCGGUGGCGGCCGAGCUGCUAGCGCGGAGACCCGCUGGCCAGGGGCGGAGGAGGAGGAGGAGCAGCAGCCGCGCCCCGCCCUCCGUCGCCACCUGCGCGUCCCCUCCCGGCUCCCCGGCCUCCGGGGCUGUGUGAGCUCCCGGUGCCGCAGCGGCGGAGUCACUGCGUCCGCGGGUUUGGGGACGCUCCGCGCUGGGCUCUGGGGGCGCAGGAAGAGCGGAGGGUACGCCCACGCGCGUCGCUCCCGGUCGCGCUUUUCUGCGACGUUUUGGGGAAGGCAGAGAUGGGCGGGGGCGAUAGAAAACUGCUGUGACUUUUGGGGUCCGACUCCUCCUUCCGGUCAGCCUCGGGACGCGCCAGCUCGGAGACAGGCCCCGAAGGCUGGCUGCGCGGCGUGGGGACUUGGAACGUGUCCGGGAGCCCGCGGCGCGCUGCGCGCUGGUGAGUUUGCCGGCGGGGUGAGGGCGGCGGAGAGGACACCUUGUGUCCCCCACCUUUGCAUCCAGGACUGCCCCCCACUUUGAGAGUAAUUCAGACUUGAGCGUGACUGCAGAGCGCUCUCUCCGGCGUGCGUGAUGGAGCGGGCCGGCGAGUGGAACAAAGGCAAGCACCCCUAGGAGCGGGUCCUCCUCUGAAGAGCGCGCCGCGACGGCCGGCCAGAGGGUGGUGGCCCUGGGAGACCCAGGAGUGGCGUGCUUCCCCGCACCGGGCACCUGCGCCGGCACCUGCGCGCGCGGCUCCCGGAGCAGCUGGGUCGGGCCGCCCAAGGUCCAAGGCGAACCUCUUGCUGGUUCACAGCGGAUACCUCCGUCCUUUCGCUACGACGCCUGGAAGGGACUGCGCGCCUUGGACCCAUUAGGCGUCUCCGAGGACUAGCACUUCUGCAGCCCCCAGGCUUCCACGGGAGCUUUUGCGCUCUUUGCUCCAUCAGCACCUUCCAUCCGUCCCAGCUGCCCGAGCAUCCGCGUGGGGCGCCUGUAGCGGCGGGAAUCGUCACCCGCCAUCAGGUGUCUGAGGCUCGCACAGCCCGCGGAUGCCCUGCGCCUCGCCGGAGCCUUAGGGGUCGCGGGUCCGGGGCCAGGGCAGGCCAGGUUGUUUGAUGGCUUCACUGAGAAGAGUCAAAGUGCUGCUGGUGUUGAACUUGAUUGCUGUGGCCGGCUUCGUGCUCUUCCUGGCCAAGUGCCGGCCCAUCGCGGUGCGCAGCGGAGACGCCUUCCACGAGAUCCGGCCGCGCGCUGAGGCGGCCAACCUCAGCGCGCACAGCGCCAGCCCCAUCCAGGAUGCGGUCCUGAAGCGCCUCUCGCUGCUCGAGGACAUCGUCUACCGGCAGCUGAAUGGUUUAUCCAAAUCCCUUGGGCUCAUUGAAGGUUAUGGCGGACGGGGCAGAGGAGGCCUUCCUGCUACCCUUUCCCCAGCGGAAGAAGAAGAAGCCAAGGGCCCCCAUGAAAAGUAUGGCUACAAUUCCUACCUCAGUGAAAAAAUUUCACUGGAUCGUUCCAUUCCGGAUUAUCGACCUACCAAGUGUAAGGAGCUCAAAUACUCCAAGGAGCUGCCCCAGAUCUCCAUCAUAUUCAUCUUCGUGAAUGAGGCCCUGUCGGUCAUCCUGCGCUCGGUCCACAGCGCUGUCAAUCACACACCCACCCAUCUACUGAAGGAAAUCAUCCUGGUGGAUGACAACAGUGACGAAGAGGAGCUAAAAGCCCCGCUGGAAGAGUAUGUGCACAAGCGCUACCCUGGGCUGGUGAAGGUGGUACGCAAUCAGAAGAGAGAGGGCCUGAUCCGAGCCCGCAUCGAAGGCUGGAAGGCGGCCACCGGCCAGGUCACUGGCUUCUUCGAUGCACACGUGGAAUUCACUGCUGGCUGGGCUGAGCCUGUUCUGUCCCGCAUCCAGGAGAACCGGAAGCGAGUGAUCCUGCCCUCCAUUGACAACAUCAAGCAGGACAACUUUGAGGUCCAGCGCUAUGAGAACUCAGCCCACGGGUACAGCUGGGAGCUGUGGUGCAUGUACAUCAGCCCCCCAAAAGACUGGUGGGAUGCCGGAGACCCUUCUCUCCCCAUCAGAACGCCUGCCAUGAUUGGCUGCUCCUUCGUGGUCAACAGGAAGUUCUUUGGUGAAAUUGGUCUUCUGGACCCUGGGAUGGAUGUAUAUGGAGGAGAAAAUAUAGAGCUUGGAAUCAAGGUGUGGCUUUGCGGGGGCAGCAUGGAGGUCCUCCCUUGUUCACGUGUGGCCCACAUUGAGCGGAAGAAAAAGCCAUACAAUAGCAACAUCGGCUUCUAUACCAAGAGGAAUGCUCUCCGGGUUGCUGAGGUCUGGAUGGAUGACUACAAAUCUCACGUGUACAUUGCGUGGAACCUGCCGCUUGAGAAUCCAGGGAUUGACAUAGGGGAUGUCUCUGAAAGAAGAGCACUAAGGAAAAGUCUGAAAUGUAAGAAUUUCCAGUGGUACCUGGACCACGUCUACCCGGAAAUGAGAAGAUACAAUAAUACCAUCGCAUAUGGGGAGCUUCGCAACAACAAGGCAAAAGAUGUCUGCCUGGACCAAGGGCCGCUGGAGAACCACACAGCCAUCCUAUACCCGUGCCACGGCUGGGGACCGCAGCUCGCCCGCUAUACCAAGGAAGGCUUCCUGCACUUGGGCGCCCUGGGGACCACCACGCUCCUACCUGAUACACGUUGCCUAGUGGACAACUCCAAGAGUCGGCUGCCCCAGCUCCUCGACUGCGACAAGGUCAAGAGCAGCCUGUACAAGCGCUGGAACUUCAUCCAGAACGGAGCCAUCAUGAAUAAGGGCACAGGACGCUGCCUGGAGGUGGAGAACCGGGGCCUGGCUGGCAUCGACCUCAUCCUCCGAGGCUGCACUGGACAGAGGUGGACGAUUAAGAACUCUAUCAAGUAGCUGGCAGAAGUUGGGGCUUUCAAAGUCCAACCCAGGACAGGGCCCGUUCAUUUUCAAGAGCAGGCACCCGCUGGAGAGACCACAGGGCCCCAACAGGUGCUCGUGGGCCCCCAGGGCCCUUUCACGGCAGCAGGGGCCCCCAAAUGAAGAUUGCAAGUCCUUCUCAGGCAUUCAGCUGCCCUAAGGCUCCUGCACCCUGGAAGAGGCCCCCAGCCCUUCUCUGGGAAGCCAGGAGCCGUGUGUCUUCUGCGCCCCGGAUGUGGGCUGGUACAGGGUGAGACUCCACUUCUCCUGUCACUUCCACCCCCAUAUCAGGACCUGGGCCUGGUGGGGUGUCCACCGCUCCUUCAUCCUUUGCAGCAACAGCAGCUUCUAGAUUUCACCGUGGUCCUCAGUGCAGUAGGGGCUUCAGCUCCAUCCUAGCCCCGCUCUACCCAGAGGAGACGUGGAGGCGCCCCCCCCACCCACACACACACCCCGCCUCUAUUUUCCUCUGAGGUCGCUUCUGCUCAGAUGCCGAUUUGCAACCCGAGGCAGCCGCCACCCCGCAGCCUUCCCACAGGGGUGGCUUCAGGAGAUGCAGCUCUGGAAGUUUCCGAGGUGGUCUGGGAACAGCUGAUGUGACCAACCCUGGUCAUCCGGGCACUUGGCUCCUCUAGAUGUGCCGGCCCGGCCCUCUUGCCGGGUCCAUGGGGAACUAGAAGUAAGCUGCGCACACGUGGUCUUCUCAGCUGCAAAGGGCCAGGAGGCCAGAAACAGAUCCAUGCAGCUCUGCCGGCUGGGGACCCUGAGUCCCGGCCCGCGGAGAAGGGCUGAGGAAGCCAGCCCAGCCCGGGCUCCGGGAAUCUCGAAGAUGCUUUGCGCUCACCGCAUUUCACCCCAAGCUCUGCAGGUGACAGGAAAGAAGGCAGUUGUCUCCUCACUUAACAGUAACCCCUGCUUUCCGAUUGCCCUCUGGUCAGGGUGCACUUAUAAAUCAGAGUUAAUAUAUGGAUGUGUG